AAGAGCAAUAACAAUUCAAUAAUAGCCCGUUUGCCCGGGGAGUCCUUUGCACACACACAAACAUAGACACAAAUUGGCCAUGCAAGUCAACAGAAUGUGGCCAAUACACUUAUUGCUACCGCUUCUGUUGGUCCAUCAAGCGCCAAUAGCAAUUGUUGUGGCCCAGCAUCGUUCACCGACUGCCACAAUACCAGUAGCUGUGAGUACGAGUGACAAUUUGGCCAGCAGUUUGAGCGGUUUGAGUGAGCUGCGAGUGCAACAACCGCUGCCGUUGCCACUGUCAGCGCCUUUAGGGGACAAGACAAUGAAUAGCAGUACCGGCCAACUGUGGAAUGAUCAAUCAACGGCAGCAGUCGGAGUCACAUCAGGCUCAGCAGGAGGAACCGAAGUUGGAGCAGGAAAAAAUCAACUGACUGAUGCCGCUGCUGCUGAAACGCCUUUGGCCUCUGAGGCACAUGCAAAUGCCAACAACAACAACAACAACCACAACCAACAGGCAAUGCAAUUACCAAAGGAACAGAAGCAACAACCCGAUGGCGAGGACAUUGAUCUCGAACGCAUUUUCUCCGCCAGCCCUAAAUACAAUCCCAAUACAAUUGAAGAGUGUGAUCCCGAUAUGUUAGGAUUUGAAAUUGUCACAGGUUUUGUUUUCUCAGCACCGGGUAAACUGCUAGACUCUCUGCCCGGCACACUGAUGCUAACAGAUUGCUUAGAGGCCUGCCAAAAUAAUGAGACUUGUCAGGCAGUGAAUUACGAGACUGGAUUAUGUGUAUUGUUCUCAUCGAAUUCAGAUCGUUUGCCAGGCGCUCUAACCAAAUCUCAGUUUCCGGUCUUUACAAUUUAUGCACAAAAAUCUUGCCUGGGUGUGCGUCCUUGUGCACGGGCCUGGUGCGUGGAUCGUGUGCAAAACUACAAGCUCAAUGGACAUGCAAAACGUACAGUUCCAGUGACAUCACGACGUGACUGCCUGGAAUUGUGCCUGGGAGAAACUGAAUUCGCUUGCAGAUCCGCAAACUACCAUCGCUCAUCGAAGACAUGCGAACUCUCCGAACUGGACCGCAUCACAUUGGCGGGCACAAAUGCUUUCCAGGCAUAUGAAGGCAUCGAAUAUUUGGAAAAUAAUUGUGCCGAGGAGCCAAAUAAAUUAUGCGAAUUUAAGCGUUUGUCGGGAAGAAUUCUUAAGACGGUGGAUUCGGUGUAUCAAGAUGUUGGCAGCAUUGAUGAGUGCCGUGAUUUGUGUCUUAACUCGCCAUACAGAUGCCAUUCAUAUGACUAUGGCGAUACUGGCGAUAUGGUUUGCCGUCUCUCCCAUCACAGCCGUGCCACCCUGUCUGAUGUACAGGAUCCCUAUUUAGAGGUGCCAGAGGCUUCGACAUAUGAGCUGGCUUCAUGCUAUAAUGUUACCAUCGAGUGUGGAGCCGGCGAUAUGGUGGCCCGCAUAAGAACAUCCAAGCUGUUUGAUGGCAAGGUCUAUGCAAAGGGUUCACCCAAGUCCUGUGCAGUCGAUGUGAAGAGUGCCUUGGACUUUGAAUUGCGCAUGAAUUACCAUGAUCUAGAAUGCAAUGUCCGUCAGAGUGGCUCUGGACGAUAUAUCAAUGAUGUUGUCAUUCAACAUCAUGACACUAUAGUCACCUCAUCCGAUCUGGGACUGGCUGUCACCUGUCAGUACGAUCUGACCAAUAAGUCGGUGACAAAUGAUGUCGAUCUGAGUGUGAAGGGUGAAAUUGAGCCAGCCCUGUCCGAGGAGGUAAUUGUGGACUCGCCAACUGUUCUGAUGCGCAUCACGGCACGCGAUGGCAGCGAUAUGAUGCGCUCUGCCGAGGUCGGUGAUCCUUUGGCCCUGAAAUUCGAAAUACUCGAUGAGCAGAGUCCCUACGAGAUAUUUGUACGCGAACUGGUGGCCAUGGAUGGGGCAGACAAUGCCGAGAUCACAUUGAUAGACUCACGUGGCUGCCCUACAGAUCACUUUAUUAUGGGACCCAUCUACAAGAGUUCGCUGUCUGGCAAAAUACUUCUCUCGCAAUUCGAUGCCUUCAAGUUCCCCUCAAGCGAAGUGGUUCAAUUCCGCGCCUUGGUCACGCCCUGCAUGCCCAGCUGUGAGCCCGUUCAAUGCGACCAAGAGGAUAGCAGUGGUGAAUUGAAAUCCCUAAUAUCUUAUGGACGUCGUCGUCGUCGUUCGACAAGGCACACCAAUAGACCUAGUCCGGAAGAUUUGCUUUUAGUGGAGUCAAUACAGAUUACAGAUAAAUUUGGUUUCGAUAAGCAGCCGUUGGAACAGCGCAAUGUGUCAAUGAAGUCAUUUAAUCAGAAGGACAUGGUGUUCGUGGCCAAUGAAGAGGUCCAGGGACAAUGCACCAUUGGUCUCAUUUUGGCCGCCGCAGUAUUUUUGUUUGCCCAAUUCGCUGUCAUUGCCAUUUGGACGUAUCUCUAUCAGAGACGAAACAAAUUGGAACCCUAUGCAAGUCAUUCGAUGACCUCCAAUGCGGCAACAUCGUUUACGGGCGGCAGCAGUAUCAACAGUUGCUCGUCCAUGGCAUCGAAUCUAACCAAUUUACGAACAGAACCCAUGUGCAAACUCUACGAGAGCAGUUUCGAUGGUCGUCAUGGCAGGCAGUUUUAGUAAGCGAUUAGAUAAGCCACAUUUCCCGGCGGAUAAGAGCAGAGAGCAAAGUGAAAUGAAAUGAAAUCAAGGGUAGGAAGAGUAAGAGCCAAGCCAUCAAAUGCGCAGAGUUGCCAACUUGUGCUAAGCGAAAGAAUAAGUAUACAUAUAUAUAUAUAAUAUUAAAUAGGCGAUCGAUUUUUGAACCAUUCAGUGAAAAGUGAUAAUUUCAAAACAAGCAAAAAUCCAUAAGAAAAGAGAAGCAUACAAAAAGGGGGAAAAAAGGACGACUGAACUAUAUAAAUAAAGCAAAAUAUCCUUGUACCAGACUAACAAACAUAACAAAUAAUUUCAUAAAGACCGAUAAAUUAAGCCCACACGACGUUUUGAAACUUCGA